CGAUUAGUUCAUACGCCAUUUGUUCCCGCAGGAUACUGGAGCCCCUGUGCACCAUUGGUUUGGGAUCCGGUUAAAGCGCCGGACAUUCGCUUCUCAUCCUCUCAUUUUCGUCAACAACACCCCAGCCACGAGAAGGCAGUGAGUAGGACUUCUUUGGCAGAGGCUGUAUACACGUGGCCGUGUGAAAUCAGUUCGAGAGGGCGGGCACACCUCACGAAUUCGAUCCCGUGUCACCCAGCUUCACAGUCGGAGGCGUUACCACUGAGCUAUCCGGGCCGAAUUGUAUUUGAAGAUAAUGGGUCAUGAUAUUAAACCAAAUGAGUUUACAAGGUAAAUUUGUAGUCAUUUUACUGAAGUGACUAUAAUUUUAUUGUUUCGGAUACUAAGACCUUUGUUUUCAUCUUUGCAUAUAUUGGUUUCAUUGUUUGCAUUAAGUUUUCAGUAUGAAAAUAUCUAAAUUAUUUGACUUACAAGUUAGACGUGUGACUGACAAGUCUAUAACAGGAUGAAACCUGCGUCCUAAAUUCCACUGUUUACUACUCGUAAACUGUUACACAAACUUUUGACUUUAUGGCAAUAUUGAGACUAUCCUCUAAUGAUACAUACAUAUCAGUAGAAAGUGACCAGUCUCAGUCGUUAAGGUCAGCGUCUGGGAAAUACAAACAUUUAUAGAUGAAAUUCCAUACCCGUUGCACAACCUGGUGCUUAUCUGAACCCCGUAACUCAAUACAUAACGCGUUUGUGUUUGGAGAGAUCGGUAAUGUGUUCGACCUUCAGUGAGAACACCAACACUAGAGUCGAGCUACAUUCAGUUUACAAGUUUCAAAUUGGACGUUUUUAGUGUUACUCAGCAUUUUUGUGGCUCGAUAUCCGACUCCCAUUUGAUCCUAUGAAUGUUAUUGAUUGUUAUUGAAAUAUACAUGUCGUCUAUCCUCAUAUGUAAUUAUCGACUUAAAUCGCGUUAGUGAUUAACGGAAUGAAACAAGUUAAGUACGAAACUGAAUUUCGAAUACGUGUAUUUCAUACAAUCGUUGAUCCAGACAAACAAAGCGAAGACAAGAGAGCGAAGUGAAACGAAAGGGCGCGUUGUAGCAUGUGAGCCAACUCGGUUUAGUCAAGUGUUACUUGAUAUUUAUAGCCAGGCAGAAAUAAGUCAAAGACAUGUAUGUGAUGAAUAGAUUAAGAAGUGCAUACGCUUACUCUCAUAUAAAAACAAUCAAGGUUGAUAAGCGAAUAAUUGACAAGGUCAAAAUGUGACCCAGGAAGGAUGAAUAAAUUGGCCUGUCUAAAAGCUAGAAUAAGCUAUGUGGGGUUGGCAUAGCAACCGACACUACAGCAUCCUACUAUGAUGAAAAAAGAGUGUGCUUUAUCACAUUUUCGCUAGUUUGAAACUAGUUUCACAUUUAUUUUAAGAAAUAUGAACAAUAUUUGUAGCCUCCAUCUUCUAGUUGGGUUUAAACGCCCUUCACAAAAUCAUGUAUUUGGUAACAAAGUAGCAUUAAUUUAAUCUUAAUCUAUUCAAAAUAUUCUUGAACAAAGUAAAACUUAAAAUAGAUUCCAUUAGUGAGUUAUCCUUACUAACUGAAUUAUUACUGUUCAGUCCCAAAGUCAAAUAAAUCACGGAUGCCCUUACAUGUAAAUGUAGAUAAACUUUUUUGAUGUAUCUGUAAACACUUUCCUAGUGUGCAUAUCAGGAAUUUCAUUGAAUUUUUAUGUUAAUAGUAUAAAAAUUAAAAUUAAUUCAUAUACUUCUUGACUCAACAAAGAUGAUGGUGAUACAAAGUCUUUGGAUAAUACAAAUGUACAAAGGUUAGUUGGGUAUACAAGUGAUAGACCACGACAAACUGGUCGAAGACUGCCUACAAAGUUGUCUAACGCUACGAAUGCGGUUCCUGAUUUUACUCACACAUUGAAUACUCCAAUUCGAUCUAGUAUUGCAGCGUCAAAACCAAAUGAUGCUCAUGUGUAUGAUGCAUCAAUGACUAGGACUAAUGUAGCAUGUAUAUCAGCGAAUCAUGAAAGCAAUGUUGGUUCAAUGAGUGCUGAUCAAAUUGACAAAUCUAGUGAAUCGACAUAUAAGCAGCAAGGACGAACAUCUAGUCAUGCUACAAAUCCAUCACGUGCCGUUCAUUUUGUGAUAUCCGCGUCGCCAGUUUCUUGUACUUGAAAACGAAGAACCACUACAAGUUCCAUGGAGUCAAGCUAGAACACAAAGACUGGUACAAGUGAAGACUUAUUGAUUCCAAAUACGAUGACCAUAACCCAAAAUAUACACUCAUGUAUAUAAUAAUUUGUACACCUACUUGAAUAUUAAUUUGUAAAACUGUUACAGUAAUGAAACGACAACAAAAUCCCAUGCUGCAUGUCAUACUGAAUACAGUUCACGUUAAUUUAAUACAAAGAAGAUCAUUCUGGAUAAAAUUGCACUGAAAGUGAGACCAAUUUUAUGUUGAGCAAAUUAAUGCAUCAAAAAGAGUGUUAUUCUGGGCAGUUAUUACACUGAAUUAAGAAUAUACGAUAUCUCACCCUUCUAUCCCGUCCGAUCAAAAUGGUCUUCACACAGCGAAUGAAGUCAUCCAUCUUGGGUAGUAAACAUCCAAUAUCCAACAUAUUGUCUACCUAUAUCAGCUUUGUAACUUUCUACCCAAUUCUCAUUUUAUUCGGGAUUGAUACUUAUCAACUUCGUGUUCUUCUGAGAACCUCUUAUUUGUUUAAGGUUCUCUUAGAGUAAACUGUUUGUAACACUUCAAAUCUUACAGUUUUAAAUGGACUACUAAAAAUCCUUUGCUUCUUCAAGGCAAUGAAAUCUCAAAUGGUUCGGCAGAAUUAAAUCGAAGCUCUGAAAAUCUACUCAUCUCAUCAAAUCAAGCAGUAUUAAAUCAUCGUAAUAAAAACCAACAAAAUGAUAUACAACAUCAAUUUGACCAAUUUCAAAGUGAGAUUAAACAACAAUUACAUGAUAUUCGUCGUGAAUAUGAUACAUUAAAGGAAAUGCAUGUACAACUUCGAAAUGAUUGGUUAAAAGGACAGAAGUGUUUAACUGAACGAUUUCAAACUCUUAUGAAUGAACUUGAUGAAAUUAAGAAAUUAAGAGCCAACGAUGCUAUCGAGUUAUCUAGGUUUCGUAAAAUUUUAAUGCAAUUAGAUGCAAGUUCACUUAUCGAUUCAUCGAAUCACAUUAAUUUUGGUACCACUGAUAAUGAGGACAAGUCUUUAACUGAUACAGACGUUACAGAGUCGACUACAAAUGUAUUAAACCAAAAAAGUGUUAAUUUUAGAAAAAAUCCUUUGAAUGAAACUGAAGAAAAUCAUAAAGAUCAAAAUGAGAACAUUGGUUUAUUUGAUAAUAAAUAUCAAACAAAUCAACUAAAAUCAACAUCCGUUAAACCUUCACUUCGUCCUAGACCUAUUCCAACUUAUGGAACUGUCAGUAAUAUGAGUAAUUAAAAUUCUUGUUGCUUCUAAACUUUUCUGAUAAAUUUUACUUUGUUGAGUUAUCACUGCAGAGACUGUUUGCUUGAAUAGAUCGAUCGACUUACGUCAAGAAUUAAAACUAUUCAACGUUGGAAGUUCAAACAAUGAUAAGGGAUUUUUGUAAAUAAAUCCUUCCAUUCAAUUGUUUGCAUUCAUUACUUUUUAUUUUUAAUAAUUCCUUGUUGCACAUUCGUAUACAAAAACAUAUCUACUAUACGUUUAAAUAUUUAUACCUUGAACUUUUUUCACUAGUUAAAGAACAUUGAUCAUUUUUAAUUAUUACAGGUUAUUUAUUAUAACUUCAUUUGGUUUGAGUAAAUACUAUACCCAUUUUACUUCGACUUUUUGAGGUAUAGUCACUUUGAUUUUACCGUUAAAUGUUACAAUAUUGCUUCCCCAAGCUUAUGUCCUUUAUUCUAUAGUUUAAAUUGAUUUAGUUUUCGAGAUGAAACAAUUACUUGACGAACGAAUUUUGUUUCACUUUUAUAUUUUGAUUUUACGCUAUGUAAGCAACCUAAUUUGUCGUCUGUUAUGCCUUAUGAAAUAUUUAUUCAGUAUUUUGAAUACGUAAGCAUAUAAACUAACUCCUCUAUAAUCUGAUAACUGAAUCAAAUAUAUUUCUUGUUACAUUAAUUUGAAGUUGGUAAAUAAAAUCUGUACGAUAAAUGG